AUGUGGCGUCGUACGCUUGCAAUUCGGCCUUUUGCUAGUCGGACUCUCACUAAUCAUGGUCUGACCAAGCCACCUUUCAAGGCCCUACUCAAAGCGGAAUAUUCCUCUGAACCUGAAUCUGAUUCUACAAAGAUCGACUCUGCGAAAACGGUUGACCCUGAACCCGACUUUCCCAAGAUUAACAGUCACCCAAUUCAUCUUCCAGUCACUUUGGAGACUCUGUACAAUAAGGUCACCACUCUCGACAAAAAUGUUGACACACUCAUCGGCGAAAUCAAAGGCACAAAAGGCGAAGUUCGAGGCAUGACUCAUCACGUGAAGGCUGCAAUUGCUACAAUGGAAACGCAGAAAAGAGAUAUUGAGAUCAGAUUGUUGUGGAAGGGCUUCGCUAUACUUGCUACACUACUACUUCUUGCAGACAAGUCAAAGCAAUGGGGCGAGUUCUUCGAGGAGUUGUACACAGAUCUGAAGGGAGAAGGCAUAGUGGUCGCUCUUCCCAAGCACAAGACUGUCGAGGCAGAUGGACUGAAGACUCGGAAGACUUGA